AAAAUUUUUAUAGAUCACUUAAUGCAAAUGCAAGCAACAUAAAACAAGAAAUAUUAGAUAGUUUAAAAUGUCAUGAAGAAUUACUUGUAUUUGAUAUAUCAAAAAUUUUAAGACUUAAAGAGAGAUAUAGAACAAUGAAAUUGAAAAGUAAUAUUUAUGUUAAAGGACAUACUUUGUCAGAAAAAACUAUGAGGAUAGCUGUACCAGUUAUUAAUAUUUCAAUUUAUCUAAAUCCAACUUUAUCCUUUUUAAUAAAACCAGCUAUUGUCAUUAUUGCAAUAGGAAUAGAAAAAAUUGAAAUUGGAAUUGCAUUUAAACGAUAUGUACUGUUGAGAAAAUUAUUGAGUACAGAAUUUGCAAUGCCUUUAAUAGAAAAUGAAUCUGUAAUAGAAUCUGAAUGGAAAGAAACAUUAAAUUUAUUACUAAAACAAAAUUAUAUAAGUAUUCAAAAUAAUAUAUAUAUACAAAAAGAAAAUACUAAAGUUUGUUCUCUUCUCUAUAAUGUAAUAUUACCAUUUAUAGAUACAAUAUACAUUACAUGUCUUGUUCUAUUUGAGUGGGAUGAAACAAAAUUAAAUUAUAUAACAAUACAAUCAGUUUUAAUUGAAACACAGAAGCAAAUAGAAAAAGCAUUUCUUGAAAAAUGUCAAUGGGGAAAACAUCCCUAUUCUUUAUCAAUUGAUUUAAUUAAUACAACAAUAUCCAAUUUUAUAAUACAAGGUAUUCUAGUACCAUAUGAAAAAAAAGGUACAUAUCAAGUUGAAAAAAUUAAAAUAAUACAAAUUCUUACACAAUUGCAAAAUCUUUCAUUAAAACAUCCAUUAGGUUCAUAUCGUAAUGCAAUUUUAUUACCUAUAUUAUCACCAUCAGUUUCUUCUAAAUUAUAAAAAUAAGAUAAGUUAAAACAAUGUUGAAUAUAUUUUUUAAACACAUUUGAAAUUAUAUAAAUAAUUAUUUUAGAUAUAAAUAAUUACUUUAAAUUUUAUUAUUUAAUAUAAUUAGAUACAAAUAUUGAUCUAAUUAAUAUAUACAUUUUCAUAUAUUAGAUUUUUUUUUAAAUUUAGAAGAAAAAUUAUGUAUAUCUUUAAGAAUCAUUCUUAUAUCGUCGUCAAAUUUGCCUACUGAUUUUUUUCUUCUGCCAAGAAGUAAAGUAGCACCAGUAGUCGAUGCAGAAUUAUUUAUAUUUCUAAAUAAAAGCUGAAAAAAUUAUUGAAUGCAAUAAAAAAUAUAAUUAUUAUUUAUAAUAAUAAAUAUUAAAUAAAUGAUUAAUUACCAUAACUAAUCUAACAAGAUACACAGCAAAUGUAAGAAAUGAAAUAGCCAUAAGUGCACCUUCUAUGGAUGGAAAUCCUGCUGCAUGUUCAUAAUCAUAAUUAUGAUCAUACUGAUCAGUACCCCUUUUUUUUCUAGCAAUUAUUGUACUUGCUACAAGUUGAACUUCUGAAAAUAUUAUAAAUAAAUAUUUCAUUACUAUAUUGA